AUGAUUGGAGAAGCUUUUGGAGCAGAAUCAGCCGAUAUAGCCUGGUAUCCCGCCGCUUACGGACUCACGUCGGGCGCCUUCAUGCUAGCAUUUGGGCGCGUGGGGGACAUUCUCGGACACAAACGUCUUUUUUUAGCGGCAUGGGGCUGGUUUUCGUUAUGGGCUCUCCUCGCAGGCAUAUCUGUCUACAGUGGGUCGCAAGUUUUCUUUGACAUCUGCCGAGCUUUCCAGGGUAUAGCUGCCGCGGCACUGGUCCCGAGUGCAUUGGCUAUACUUGGGAGUAUCUACAAGCCGGGUCCCAGGAAGAAUCUGGCAUUUUCGCUUUAUGCCUCCGGGGCGCCUAUAGGCUUCACUCUCGGGGCCGCCUUUUCGGCGUUACUUGCUCAGCUAGCAGGUUGGCCAUGGGUUUUUUACAUCAACGCUAUUGCGUGUCUGAUAUACGGAGGUUUGGCAUAUAUUUUUGUCCCACAUCUCGGUAGUAAGCCUUCACCGGAACCCUUCGAUUAUCUGGGAACGUCGACAAUCAUUAGUGGGCUUGUUCUGUUCAACUUUGCUUGGAAUCGCGCCCCGGAAACAGGAUGGGCCAGUGCGCAAUGCAUCACGACCCUUACCAUUGGCUUGUUCCUCAUCGCUGCAUUUUUCCCACUUGAAAAAAGGACCACGCACCCGAUCGUCCCAGUGGCACAGAUCGACCGUGACGCUGCCUGGAUCCUUCUCAUAGAGGGUCUCGGGUGGUCGUCAUUUGGUAUACUGUGCUAUUAUUCGAUCAACUUUAUGAUUCGUCUUCGGGGGAACACCAUGCUCUCUGUUGCGGCACAACUCAGUCCAGUGCCGCCGUCUGGUAUUGCUGCUAGCAUUUUGACCUCGAGUCUUCUGACCAGGGGGGUGAAGCCCCCAGUAAUUCUCGCUUUCUCGCUUAUAUGGUUCUGUGUCGGCAACAUAAUCCUUGCAACAAUGCCAGUCCAACAAACGUACUGGCUCAGUGUUUUCUGGUCGUACUUACUCAGUCCCUUCGGGAUGGACAUGAGUUUUCCCGCGGGUACAAUUUUGUUGAGCAAUCUCGUGCCCACUCAACAACAGGGCAUUGCAGCGAGCCUGAUCGCGACUGUGGUUUACUAUUCGCAGAGUUUGGGUCUUGGUAUUGCUGGCGUGGUGGAAGUCAAUGUGGCAAAUGGGUCAGUGCUUGAGGGGUACCGGGGGGCAUUGUACCUUGGAGUUGGAUUGAGUGGUUUCGGGUUCAUCGUGGGGGUAGGCUAUGCCAUACAGUGCAUGAGACAUAACAAGACGACAGCGGGAUCGAAAGACAAAGUAGAAUCUGCAGAAGAUUCAUUACCAGCGCCAUUGGCCGCAACCAGCGGACAGGCAUAG